GGAGUAAGGAAGAGAGUAGUAGACGGAGCGCAUAGAAAGAGCUUCCAAGAGAAAAGCAAAGAAGGAAGCUUGUGCUUGGCACGGCGUCGUGGGCGUCUCUGUAUCGGUGUCUGCCAUUUGCGCUUUCGUACAUUAGCUGUAGCGAGGUGAGGCGAAAAAGGACAUCUUUCUUUCGCCAAGAAGCAUGCGCAUCGCGUUAAAGAGGUGCGGAGAGACGGCGGACUCGGUGGGUGUACUGCAAUGCCAGCGGCGCCAUAUUACCCGCUUGUACACGUCGUACUACAAGGGUGAACUCUUUCCAAGCCAGCUGGUGCGUCCGCUGGAGCGCUUGCCGCGUGGGGUGUUGUUAGCGGCCGCACGAAAAGGCCAGCCGUGGAGUACUGCGGCUGUCUCCUCUCCGGCGGACCAGGCGGCGGGCGGCAGGGCCACCACGCCGGAGAGCGUCUCGUGGGACGACGUCGACAGCACCGAUCUCGUCCACGUCAACGCGCAGCCGAGCGCCGUGGCAGCCGGGGACGGGCUGGCCCCGAAGCGCCCGUACGUCCCUUUGGGUGAGGUGGCGAAGCUGGAGUUGCAGGCGGACUACCUCACCGAGGGCGGGCUGCAUCAGGAGGCGCUGGAGUACUACGGCGUCGUGACGCGGGCCUACGAGAUGGCCUACCCAAAAGACCACCCGCAGGUGGCGGGCAUCCGCAUCAAGCUUGCCGGGGCCUUCCGCCGCACCGGCCGUUUCGAAAGCAGCAAGGCGAGUUGUGAGGCGGCCCUGCAGAUGCUGGACAACGCCCCACAGCCGUCUCUGGAGCUCAUCGUGGAGGCCCUGUUCGAGCUCGCCCUGACGACGGAGGCGAUGGGCGAUGCGGCGGCGGGCGGCAUCUACGAGGAAGCCGUCACGCUGGUGGACACCUUCCACAACGCCGGGCAGUCGCACAAGAUGCUGCGCCUUCUGCCUCGACUCGGCCGUCGCUUCAACCUCAACUUCGAGGAGAAGUUCCUCUACUUCUCGCCGUUCGACGUCGACCGUGUCUUCGCGCUGGCAGAUCAGUGCCUGGCUCGAGCGGAGGCCUUUUACGACGGCAAGAACGACCGGGACGGGGUGAUGCGUGUGCUGCAGCGGCGCAAGGAGCUGAUAGACAAGAAGUUCUUCAACAUGCGCGACUUUGCCGGCCGCAUCCACACCAUGCGUGGGCACUGGAAGCGACGCGCGCAGACGCUCACGAACGCGCCGACGCCGGAGGAGCUGCUGCGCUACUCGCCCACGAUUCAUCAAGUACACCGCGAUUUUCAAUACGAGCUGAACGCUCCAAUUGGCCGUGAGGGCGAGGUGCAGCAAGGCGUGAACCGCGUGGUGAUGGAUUCCGGUAACCCGUACCGCAGGCGCGGCAUCCAGGCCAACCGCAUGAUGCGGGACGCUGACAAGAACUAUGCCAAAUACGUCCGUGCGAAGGAGUUCGGUCAGUGA